AUGGAUCAGGGUCCGCCAAAUCUCCUCUCCCCCCCAGAGCUCACGCCUCUCGAGCAGGAGGUGCUCGACGAGUAUGAGCGACUGGCCGAGAACAUGAAGAAGGUCAGUCCUUGCCUCUACCUCACCCCUCUUGCCUCCACGCUCGAGCACCUCGCCUCGAACCCCAGCGCCGAGAUCCUCGACGGCCUGCGGGACCUGGAGCGCAAGACCAGCCUGGCCUUCACGCUGCUCAAGGCCAGCGUGUACAGCAUAGUCUUGCAGCAGGAGAUUGAUUGGGGUGAUGGGGCGCCUGCUGGGCAGUAUUGA